AUGGGCAUCUCUCCAAAAUGGCUUUCUUUGAGUCUUGUUGUCCUGUACAUUGUCCUCCAGUUGAGUGCAAUCAGCACUCUAGGUGAUGACAAAGUUGACAAAACUAGAUUUCGGGGUGAUGAUGAUGAUUGUCCAUGGGGCCGGCGAUCAUGUGGUGGUCGGUUUGGUCGAGGGCCUCGUGGUAAUGGCGGUAGGGGUGGCGGCAUUGGCGGAGGAGGAGGUUUCGGUGGUGGCGGAGGUCAUGGCGGAGGAAGAGGGGCUGGGGGUGGUCUAGGUGGUGGAGCAGGAGGGGGUGUUGGUGGAGGCGGUGGCUUUGGUGGUGGCGGAGGAGGUGGACUUGGAGGUGGUUCGGGUCAUGGUGGAGGCUUUGGAGCUGGAGGAGGUGUAGGAGGUGGUGCUGGAGGUGGGGGUGGUCUUGGUGGUGGAGGAGGUUCUGGUGGUGGCGGAGGAGGUGGUGUUGGAGGUGGGUCAGGUCAUGGUGGAGGUUUUGGAGCUGGAGGAGGCGUAGGUGGUGGAGCUGGAGGGGGUUUAGGUGGUGGUGGUGGCGGUGGAGCUGGUGGAGGAGGCGGUGGUGGAGUUGGUGGUGGUUCAGGGCAUGGUGGAGGUUUUGGAGCUGGAGGUGGUGUAGGUGGUGGCGUUGGAGGAGGUGGUGGUCUUGGAGGUGGCGGUGGUGGUGGUUCAGGAGGAGGCGGUGGUCUUGGUGGAGGCUCAGGGCACGGAGGUGGGUUUGGUGCUGGUGGUGGUGUAGGAGGUGGAGCUGGCGGAGGUGUUGGUGGAGGAGGUGGUGCAGGAGGAGGUGGUGGUGGCGGAGUAGGUGGAGGUUCAGGCCAUGGAGGCGGAUUUGGUGCAGGUGGUGGUGUAGGAGGUGGAGCUGGCGGAGGGAUUGGAGGUGGAGGCGGUGCAGGAGGAGGAGGUGGUGGCGGUCACGGUGGAGGAUUCGGAAUUGGAAUUGGGAUUGGCGUUGGAGUGGGAGCUGGCGCGGGUAGCGGCCAAGGGUCUGGAAGUGGGUCUGGUGGAGGUGGUGGAAAUUAA